AUGGGCCCAGAAACACAUCUCAUGAAGCUCCUGUUUCAGUUACCGACUGUACCAGUAGCUCUUAAGAAGGGAAACGCCUUCGCAGCUUCAUUAUUGGAUCACAGAAACGGGACGAGGUUCAACAUGGGUGCGCUCAACUUUCCGUCAGGAUUCUUCACCCGCUUCGUCAGAUCCCAACUCUUCACCAAGAUCCCCUACCCAACGCACAGCUUCGCGGGCCAAACAAUCCUCAUAACGGGCGCAAACGUGGGACUAGGUCUCGAAGCGGCACGACACUUUGUCCGUCUAGGCGCAGCAAGGGUGAUUCUUGGAUGCCGCAGCAUCUCGAAAGGCGAGGCGGCAGUCACCGACAUCGAGAACAGCACCCAGUGCAAAGGCGUUGUCGAAGUAUGGGAGGUAGAUCUCAGUUCCUACAAGAGCGUGAAAGCGUUCUGUGAGCAAGCUACAAAGCUAGAUAGAUUGGAUGUGGUGGUUGAGAACGCGGGAAUUGCGAUACCAGUAUUCGAAGAGGUUGAGGGGAUGGAAAGUACGAUUACGGUGAAUGUUAUAUCGACGUUUUUGAUGGCGCUGUUGCUGGUCCCAGUGCUGAGGGCCUCGGGAAUGAAGCACAAGACUACGCCAAACCUUGUUAUCGUUUCGUCAGAUGCGCAUGAACAGGCAUCAUUCAAAGAACAAUCCAGCCCUGAGAUAUUUAAAACCCUUGCAACGCCAUCCACCGCUCUCCAACCAGACAGGUACAACGUCUCGAAACUCCUCGAGAUCCUAGUAAUCCGGUCCCUCGGCCCAGACCUCUCCGCUUCAUCCAAGCCAAAGAUAAUCCUCAACACCCCACACCCUGGGUUCUGCCACUCAGAUUUAAUGCGCCAUGCUGUAUUCCCGCUCAAUGCCCUCUCUCCUAUAGCGAAACUGAUUAUAGGGCGUAGCACGGAGGAGGGAAGUCGGACGUUAGUCGCGUCUGCCUGCGCUGGGGAGGAUACUCACGGGUGUUAUAUGGUGGAUUGCGAGGUUCAGGAGCCGAGUGCUUGGGUCAGGAGUGGGAAGGGAGUUGAGACGCAGGGGAGGGUAUAUAAGGAGUUGUUGGAGAUUUUGGAGGGCAUUGAACCUGGGGUUACGGGGAAUAUCUAA